AAAUAUUCUCACGCCCACCCCCAUCUUUCUUGCGAACCAGCCAGCCACCUAGCCAGUUAGCUAACCCGACCGGCAUCCCAUCGUGUUUACCUCUUCCAGGUCAAGCGGCCGAACCCCUCGUCCUAGGAAGCCCACCACUCUCCUCCUGUCGCCGCGAGCACCAGCAUCCCCUCCGAGUACACGCACGCGACACACCACAGCGGCCGGUUGAUUCCCGUCACGAUGACUUCCCCCGCUGCCCAGAACCCGCCUGCACAGGCCGAGCCCAAGGUCUCCAGCAAGAAGAAGAAGGCCGUAGCUGGUCGGACCGAGUCCCCCGUCCCCUCGGUUUCCCCUGCUCCCGAGAAGACCAUCUCGGUCACCGGUCAAGACGGCCAGGAUGACAGCCUCGAGAGCUCCCACAUCCGUGAACUCCAGAAGUCCAUCCGCAAUGUCACUAAGAAGAUUACCAAUGCCUCCAAGACCGAUUCCAUAAUCGAGCAGCACAAGGGAAAAUCCCUAGACGAGCUCGUCGAGGAAAAGUUAAUCAACCCUGACCAGCGGGCUCAGCGCCUGAAGAAGCCCCAGCUUGAGGCCCAACUCGCCCAGCUCGAGGAACAGUUGGCUCAGUACAAGAAGGUCGAUGAGGAAUACCGAACCCGUAUUGCUGCCGAGAAGGCCGGCUUGGAGAAGUCUCUGGCGGAUAAGUUCGAAAAGGAGAAGGCCGACGCCGUCAACGAGGCCAAGGAGCAAGCUGCCGCAGACGCCAAGAGUACGCAACAUGACAACCUGCUGGUUCUGUCUCAAUUCCUCCGCCUGGCUGCUGCCCGACGGUCUGAAGAUGUCGAUGCUACCCUCGACGAGAAUAUGGCCCUGGAGGGCGUCCUCUUGAACGUGUACUCGGGAGACGAAAACGCCGUCUCUACGAUGCUUAAAUUCAUCGAGGGCUCCGACGAGAGGACUGUCAGCGUCAGCGGGGACGAGCUUCAGACUACCUAUGCCCAGGUCAAGGCUGCUGCUAUUGCUCAUGUGGUCACUUAUGCCGUCCCCGACGCGGCGGCUGAGCCCACCGAGGCGCCCGUCGAGGCCGUGGAAGCCAACGGCGCCGACACAGUCUCCGCUGACGCCGGUUUGCCUGAGACUGAUGCCGCCGGCGCUGCUCCCGCCCAGUUGACUAACGGCCACACCGAGAUCGCAGCCGAGUCCGGCCUUCCUGACAAUGCCGACGUCGUCGAUGGCGCGGCUGGUGCUGUUGCCGAGCCCCAAUGGGACCCUACUACUGACCUGAGCGCUUCUCAGGAAGGAUGGGUAAAGGUCCCUCGAGAGUCUGCCGAGACUGAGGCCGCCCCCGCCGCCGCCCCCGCCGCCGCACCUACCACCGUGCCUGCUACCGCGCCUGCCCCCGUCCCCGAGGCCGCCCCUGAGACCAACGGCAAUCCUCAACAAUCUUGGGCCGACGAACAGCCCGAUAACCCUCCUCAGGCGGUUGCGGCUACGGAGGUAAAUGACGGAUUCCACCAGGUCCAACGCAACCGACCGCGCGGCCAGGAUCGUGAGGGCGGUUGGAGAGGACGCGGCCGAGGAGACUACCGUGGAGGUUACCGGGGACACGGAGAGGGACGCGGUCGCGGUCGCGGCCGUGGCCGCGGCUUGGGAAAUCGUGGCGGCCGACCGCGGAACAACGACGAACCGUAAAGAGACUCAGGACCGCGCCAAUGCCGACCGAUUCUUCCAUCGCAUCCCCCCUCCCCUCCCCGCCCCCCCCCCCCCGGAUUCAGCACGUGUCUCGAAGGUCAUGGCGCUGUUGAUCUACCCCGUCCCCUCGUCUACCUCCAGACUCUCUGCCCAACCCCCCCACAAGGAAAAUUGUCGAUAAGGUAGACAGACACCCUAGGUUGUUAGUAUAUCUGCGUGCACGUGUUGCCUUUAUUCAUCAUCAUCGCGAGGGAUUGUAAAAUCAAGGAUAUCGGCGGGGCUAUCAGAGCAAAAAGGAAAGGAAAAACGGAAAGGAGGGAAGGAGAGCAUCGCAUCCGAGCCUCUUCAUCUUG